GUGGGGCUUUGGGGGAAGGGGGAGUAGGGAACAAGUGAUGGGGAGGGAGGGGCCGAGAUCUCAGCGUGGCCUGCUCCCGGGGAGAGGUGCCCCCCAUGAGGACGUCACAAUGGGGAGGGGGUUAGUGGGGAACCCCUUGGGGAGGGGUACUCUGGAAAGUGGAGUGCAAAGGGGUCCCUGGAGCCCACUGAUGCUCAUCCAUGUGGAACCAGAAGGUCCCUUCUCCACCUAUUUUACUAAUGGGGAAACCGAGGCACAGCAGAGCAGGGGAGUUUGGCCUCUCCUAAGGGGAGAAUGGCCGGACCCAUUCUUCUAAGCCCAAGCUUAGAAUUCUUUCUUCUCGGGUUCAGGGGGCACUGAAAUGCCCAGAGGACACUUUUUACUCUCUGAGAGUUUCUUCUCCCGCCCCAGGGCUGGGGGGUGGGGGGAUCCAGCAGGAGGCUUUGACCCAGAUCUCUGCCUUGGAAGGAGAGAAAAUGGGGACAGGACGGUGGGCUUAGAGGGUCCUUCCAGAUCCUUCACUUGUGCUUUUUGGAGACGCUGAAGCCAGAAUUCAAAUCCAGACCCCAAGGGAGGGGAUGUGUGAAGCAGGACGGGGGUGGGAGAGAAGGGGUUCUGGCCUUGGGAUGAAAGGACCAGCCUCAAAUCCCAGCUCUCCUCCCUACCCCGACCUCAGCCCUUUUCUCUGUGAGCCUCAGUCUCUAUAUCAUGGGAGUUUGGGCCAGAACCAGCCCUGUCUCCUAUAAAAGUGUGGGGAGGGGGCGGGGCAGAGGGCACUCCCAUCUUAUCAUGGGAAGGGGUCGGGAUUUGGGGUAUGGAAAAGGAAAAUUGUGGUGGACUCCAAAAACAGGGAGGGGAGGGAAGGAAGAGGUGGGGUCCCCUGGGGGGAUAUGGGGGAGGGGUUCCUCAGGGCCAGGAGCCUCAGGGCCAGGUAAAGAAAUGGGAUGUGGGAGGGGGGUGUUUAUAAAGGGCCCCUGAGAGCAGAUGAGAUUCAAAGAGCUCUCCCAAGAGCACCGAGGGCCAAGGAGGAGAGUCAGAUGAAUCCUAAGGGGGAGGAGGAGGCAGGAAGGGAGGCCGCAGGCCUCGGGACGGUCCUGCCCGGGCACAGUGGCAGGGUCCGAGGGCUUCCUUUCUCUGCCCAGGUCGCCAUGGGGCUGAAGGCUGCCCAGAAGAACCUGUUCCCUCUGCGCUCCAUCGAUGACGUGGUGAGGCUCUUUACUGCCGAGCUGAACCGAGAGGAGCCGGACCUGGUGCUGCUGUCCCUGGUGCUGGGCUUUGUGGAGCACUUCCUGGCUGUCAACCGGGUGAUCCCCACCAACGUGCCCGAGCUCUCCUUCCAGUCCCGGCCGGCCCCCGACCCCCCUGGCGGCCUCACCUACUUCCCCGUGGUCGACCUCUCCAUCAUCGCAGCCCUCUAUGCCCGCUUCACUGCCCAGAUCCGCGGCGCCGUGGACCUGUCUCUCUACCCCCGGGAGGGCGGCGUUUCUAGCCGGGAGCUGGUGAAGAAGGUCUCCGACGUCAUAUGGAACAGCCUGAGCCGUUCCUACUUCAAGGACCGAGCCCACAUCCAGUCCCUUUUCAGCUUCAUCACAGGCACCAAGCUGGACAGCUCCGGGGUGGCCUUUGCCGUGGUGGGGGCCUGCCAGGCCCUGGGCCUCCGCGACGUCCACCUGGCCCUGUCUGAGGACCACGCCUGGGUGGUGUUUGGCCCCAACGGGGAGCAGACGGCCGAGGUCACGUGGCACGGGAAAGGCAACGAGGACCGCCGGGGACAGACGGUGAAUGCCGGCGUGGCCGAGCGGAGCUGGCUGUACCUCAAGGGCUCCUACAUGCGCUGUGACCGCAAGAUGGAGGUGGCCUUCAUGGUGUGUGCCAUCAACCCCACCAUCGACAUGCACACGGACUCUCUGGAGCUGCUGCAGCUGCAGCAGAGUCUCCUGUGGUUGCUCUACGACUUGGGACACUUGGAAAGGUACCCAAUGGCUCUGGGGAACCUGGCGGACCUGGAAGAGAUUGAGCCAACGCCGGGUCGACCAGACCCUCUCACCAUCUACCAUAAGGGCAUCACCUCUGCCAAGACCUACUACCGGGACGAGCACAUCUACCCCUACAUGUACCUGGCCGGCUACCACUGCAGGAACCGCAACGUCCGGGAGGCCCUGCAGGCCUGGGCCGACACGGCCACCGUCAUCCAGGACUACAAUUACUGCCGGGAGGAUGAGGAGAUCUACAAGGAGUUCUUCGAGGUGGCCAACGACGUGGUUCCCAACCUGCUGAAGGAGGCGGCCGCCCUGGCCGAGGCGGGCGACGAGCGGGGUGGAGAGCACGCCCAGGCCCAGGGUUCAGCCCUGCAGGACCCCGAGUGCUUCGCCCACCUGCUGCGCUUCUACGACGGCAUCUGCAAGUGGGAAGAGGGGAGCCCCACCCCCGUGCUGCACGUGGGCUGGGCCACCUUCCUGGUGCAGUCCUUGGGGCGCUUCGAGGGCCAGGUCCGGCAGAAGGUCCGAAUCGUGAGUCGGGAGGCAGAGACUGCGGAGACGGAGGAGCCUUGGGGGGAGGAGGCCCGCGAAGGCCGCAGGAGGGGGCCCCGGCGAGAGUCCAAGCCCGAGGAGCCCCCGCCCCCCAAGAAGCUGGCGCUGGACAAGAGCGCGCCCCGCAGGCCGGGGCUGACCCCGGGGGCUCCCAAGGGCCCCGAGGGGGGCGGCCCGGCUCCGGCCCCCGCCCCUCCGGCCUCCCCACCCCCCGAGGGCCCGGUGCUCACCUUCCAGAGCGAGAAGAUGAAGGGUAUGAAGGAGCUGCUGGUGGCCACCAAGAUCAACUCGAGCGCCAUCAAGCUGCAGCUCACGGCCCAGUCGCAGGUGCAGAUGAAGAAGCAGAAGGUGUCCACGCCCAGCGACUACACGCUGUCCUUCCUCAAGCGGCAGCGCAAGGGGCUCUGAGGGCCCGGCCCCGCCCCCGCCCGGUGCGCCCCCCAGCGCUUCACCCCCUCCCCCGCCUGUUUGUACAUAGAUUUAUUUUUUAGUCUCCGGGAAGAUGAAUAAAUUUUUGUAACAAAA